AUUUAACAAUUGUUUCUAUAUUUUUAUGGUAAUACCCAACGCUAACUAUGCCGAAGACUAAGUCAAGGCCAGCAAGGCCAGCCCCCAAGGAGCGGACGUCCAGGCGACCUCGACUCCACGCCGCGGCUAGGGAUGAGCCCCAGUCAGUAGUGCAGGCGGCAACCCCACAGGCACUUUCAAGCCCGGUUGAACAGUCAGCGCCACAGGCGCCCACAACCAGCGUUUGCACAAUACCGGUCACUGAGCCACCUGUGCACACAGGUAAUUUAACUCUUGUUCCUCUUGACUCCAACCACACCAUCCUGCCCUUACCUGUAGGGUCUACUCAAUUUUCGAUGGGAUACUAUGUUGACCCUAGCACUAGGGAUAAGAUCAUAUCUGGUAAAUACAUUAACUUGGGGACAUUGCUCGUUAGGGACCCAAACCAAUCUCAUGUUUCCUCCACUCUUGCAAUAGAUGCAACCGGCCAAUUAAUUGCCCAACCUAAAUCUCACCACAAAAUUCAAAACAUUGAUCGUUGGACAGAUGCAUUCAUUAUCUUCAUGAGCAUUUACACAGCAGCACAUCCUGAAAAAAUACAACAAUUCUUAAAGUACAUGCAUGACAUUAGGCUAGGAAGCCAGAGAUCACAGGGCUGGCUCACAUAUGACGAACAGUACCGCCUUAGGGCUUCCAUUAACCAAAACACAGAUUGGGGUGUAGUUGAUCCUGAGUUAUGGAUGAUUUACAUGACACCCACUGCACCCCAGACCCACACAUACAACCAGACUCACACCUCAAACAAAAGGGUAAACAGCGACAAAUGCUUUGACUACAACUUCAAAGGUGCAUGCACCAGACCAAACUGCCAGUAUGUACACAGAUGCCUUAGGUGCAAUAAUGCACACUCCUCUAACACCUGCUCUUUGGCUACGCCAACACAAGCAACCACAAAGUUAACAGGCCAUUUCGCUUCAACACACCAAACCAAGGUCACCCCCCCUACCAAUACAACAACAACCCCCCAGCCAAAUCCUCGACACCCCAAACAAUAA